UCCAUGCAAAAUUGUUGGUCCAGAGCCCGCCGUCAUUCAGUGGAGCCGGAAGGUGGCGUUGAUGGCGCUGCUGCUGCUGCUCGUCAGCCUCGUCCGCCUCGCACCGUCACAGUUUCGCUCGCACUCCCCACCUCGCGGCCUUUGUUCGAGUGGUCGGGAUCUGCCCAGCCUCCGGAUUCGACAAAUGUCUUGACGGCGUUCGGUGCAUUCAUUCGCACUCAGAGGCGACUCAGGAAAGCUGCCGAACCAGUUUCAUGCUCUUGCCGGUUCUCGAGGAGGGGCAGACAGAGUGAGUGAGUGCGUCGAAGCUCUCGGAUUGGAGGGCGGGCCCUGUGGAUUCCUCGUUGUUCUGAUUCGUGUUGAUGCUGCGAAUUGCGUCUGUGGAAGUUGGAGAGCGCGUGCACGCUUGGCUCGACGAGGAGAGCUCCCGCCACUGUACUCUGUUGAGGUCUCGAACCCGUAGGCUUAUCGCAACUCUCCGUCGAUUUUGAAUGGCCAGUGUACUGGGAUUGUGCUGCUGCUCUGCUCACGCGGAUAGCUCUUUCUCUCGUGCUGGAGUGUCGAGGUGCCAUUCUUGGAGAAGCAGAGCGGGGAAUUCUGGCUUGAAGAGCGUUUGGCUCGGUCAGCGGAGCGGGCAUGAUUUCUCAGCCUCUAGGCGGCCCAGAUUCCGAGACCCUGAUCGGAAACGGGUCCAUAUCGUGGCAGCCUGGGAGGAGAUUUAUCGCAACCAGGUUCUAGUAUCUUCAGCCGUUGCUGGGAUUCUUGGACAGUUGGUGAAGCCUGUGUCUUCUGCAGCAUCCGGGAAAGGGUUCAACUUGAAACUGAUCAUAAAGCCUGGUGGAAUGCCGUCUACACACUCUGCGGUUGUGACCGCUGCAGCAACUGCUAUGGGUUUAGAGAGGGGCUUCUCGGAUUCGCUAUUUGGAUUCUCUGUCAUCGUAGCUGCCUUGUUUAUGUAUGAUGCUCAGGGUGUUAGGAGGUCAGUGGGCAAACAAGCGGAAGUAAUCAACACUAUUGUCUUAACACAAUUGCCAAAUCCAGUUCCAGAGUCAUCGUCCUCAUCCUCAUCUCCUCCGAACCCCUCCCCUUACUCAAUUGGUGCGGAGCUAGCCCGUGAUCCUGUUCAGGCUGAAUUGAAAUUCAUGGAGGAAGCUGAUUCCUCGGUUUCCACAGCCAAGGCAUCUAAGUCUACGGCUGUUUACAACGAUCCGAAGGUGAAUGGCACGCCAUCGUUCUCCACACAGAUUUCUGAUGAGAAAAGUGUUAUGAAUGGUAGUGCUCUUGGAAGGACACAAGGAUUUUUUGAAGCGGCAGAAAGUCUUCCGAGUGUGAAAGAUGGCCAAGUAACACUUCAAGAGCUCGGUAAUUUGAGUGGCUGGAGACACAUUCCUCUGAAAGAAUCAGUGGGCCAUACUAAGUUCGAAGUGUUGAUAGGAGCUAUAUGGGGAAUAGCGGUAACUCUUGCCUUGCAUUCAAGUUUUCAAUUUUGACCAUUGCAUGUUGAUGCUAUUGAUAUCUGUGUGGGAACUGAAGUUCAUACCUUAGGAGCCAUAUCCUUUCCCAGAAUACAGUAGGAGGCUAAAAUAGACAGACAGAAGAAUCUCUCGUCCACGGAGUAUACAGAGAAAGUCACAACUGUGUCUACUAUUUGCUGGCACUAGUAGAAAUAUAUGUAAAUUUGUGACGCAUUUAUUGAGCAUGAUAAGCUGGUGUAGCACCGGAAAUGUACAUGGUUAGGGUAUAGUUGAAACAGCGCAGACAAUCUCCUUAGCAGAAUUAUGGGUGCUUUGUAAUGAGCAGCCUGGACUUAUUUCAAGGAACGGCGAGUAGUCCUCCGUAUCCCUGCAUCUGUAUUUUGUUCUGAUGAUAUAAUUUCUUAAUAGAGACUUGCAAUUGC